GAAAACAAUACUACGUUGCAUUAAAGCUUCACUGCACAGACAAGUUUGGCAUCGACCUAUGAUGCUUUAUCCUACGAGACCAAUUUAUCAUGCAAUCCAAUCUUCAAGCUGGCGGCAUGAGGAGCGCUAUUAAUUAUCAAGGUGACCGAGCGGGACCCAGUUCUAGAGGCAGAGGGAGGCUGCGAGGUAUUCGUGCUAGGCGCCAUGUACCGUACAGUGCUCGCCACAACCGACCAAGGGGGGCAAAAAUCUCCUCAUAUCACAGCCCUGAGGAGCGCAAUCAAGAAUCAUCGGAUGACUCCACAUAGCCCCCAAGUCCCCCACCAGCUACCAACCCAAUUCCCACACCAGCGCCUAUUCGAGAAGCCUCACCAGUGCGCGAACAAUCACCUCCUAGAGAAGACGCGAGAUUGGAGGACGCCAGUAUACCACAAACUGUUGCGGACGCCCCCACAGAACCUGAAGUAACGCAGCAACAAAGAAAACGAAUACGUGGGCCCGCUAGAUGCAUCGAGUUUGAGAAGGUGAGAAAGCACGGGAAAGUGCUUUUAAAGAUAAACGAUGGUGAGACUGCCCCGUGUUGUGAGCAUGCUUCUAUGUUCACGACACGAGUAAGCUGGAUUGUUAAACAAUAUUGUGACAUGAGUUAUGCGCGCUGGACCGAUGUCCCAGAAGCCAUGAAAGAGGAGCUCAUUGACCGUGUUCGGUCUGACUUCGUGUUCGACUGGGAACGUGAGAACCACCGAUUGACCGUGACGAAGGCACUUCGUAAGCGCUUCAACUCCUUUCAUCAUGAUUUGCACAAGAUUUAUCAAUCCUUUGAAAGCCAUGAAGAGGCGUUAGCUAGUGGGACAAGCUUGGUGGACCCCCUUGUAUGGGUCAAGUUGUGUGGCAGGUGGGGCAGCGAUGCAUUUAAGAAAAUUUCAUCUCAAAACCGGGAGAACAGGAAGAAGCAGGCAAUUAACCACACAUCAGGACGUAAAUCAUUCAUCCGAAUACUUGAGCAAAAGCGGGCUGAAAAUGGAAAUUUGGUUGACUUCUAUAAAGAGACGCGAUGGUCAAAGAAGAAGAACAAGUUUGUGACAGAUGCUACAGAAGAAACAUACAAGGAGAUGACAGGUAGGUUGGAUGGCCUAGAACCAGAGCAACGUAAUGAUGAGGCAGCAGCGACUGUCUUUAGGGAGGUCCUUGGGCAUCGACCUGGAUAUGCGCGAGGACUCGGGGAGAUGGUCAUCCCCGAGUCCUCGCGUCAACGAGACCAGGUUAAGAUGCAAUGUUACCUGUCUGAGAUUGAAAGACACAAGAAAGACUCUGAACAACAUAAGAAAGAUGCUGAGGCGUAUAAGAGUCAGCUGGAUGAAAUGAGAUCAGAGAUGCGGGCUCUUAGGGAGCAUCAGAUGCAGACUGAUAGAUUGCUUCAGUCGUUCUUUAGGGAUCAUCCUUCAUUCACUGAGUCUUAUCGACAGACUCAGUGUAACAAUUCCCCCGACCCAUAGGGGAACACUGGGGGUCAAGCGGUUUUUUGUACUGGAUUGGGUGGUUUUUUGAUAGACAAUAUCACAACUGGGCAAUAUAUAUAUAUAUAGAUAUUACUAUAUCUAUAUAAAUAUAUCUAUCUUAACACGGGGGAGAUGAAAAACUGUUUUGGGUAUGAAUAUAAGUUGAUUAUGCACACACUGAAUGUAAAGUGAAAGGAAUAGCCAGUUUGAGUUAUGGAGGUAUGAUUUCUGUCCUCUGAAUUUUAAACUUAUCAUUCUUGCUUAUAAGUUUGUGGGUUUCCCCUUUUUCUGAUUGAAGGGGUCUGAUUAUUGCUAUAUUUGGCAGGGGAAAUUGGAACAAAUGACACCUGUUUUUAAGAGGCUGACACCUUGCAUCAUAUGGUUCCAACAAAAUGAUCUCCUAAAAUAUGUCAAACUUUUGUAAAAGCUUGAAAGUGUGAUACAUGCAGUUGGAAAAAGUGCAUGAGGCUGAGAUGAGAAGCAAGGAGGACGCGUACAACUGUAAUUUCAGACUUACAACCAAAAGAAGCAAGAUAGUUGGAGGAGAGAGUUGCUCAAGAAUCAGAUAUGGAACUCGGGUGUUAAGGUUUAUAAUCAAAGGUGCUUUUACUUGCAUCAGGGGGGGGGGGGCUGGACAUAUCUAUCCAUCGAUGACAAAUCCUCAUGAGGCAUCGUUUGACUCUACCGUUAAGAUUCCGAGCAAAAGAUCAGGAUCGGGUCUUGGCGGGGUGAUAUGACCAACCACCGAUUGGGCUGACAGUUGUGGGAGAUGUUGGUGUUCACCACCUUUCUUUGAAAAAGUGACCAAGUAGAACUGUGGAUGGUAGUUGGUGAAAAGUCCAGAUUAAUAUGAGAUGUUUUUACUUGGUAGCUGUUGGUUUUAGUCACGAGUAGAGUCCUCAAAUAACUUAUACUAGUGAUAUUUAUCUUUUAUAUAAGUAGUAGCUCAGUUUGUAAUAGAUAUGAUUCGUAUAAUGCACCACCCAAUGUAGUAAGAAAUUAUAUGAUUGUUGGUAUUC